GUGUAAAUUAGUCCUACACGAAGAUCGGCGUCGGAGUGAUUGUUCGAGGUUGCCUCAUGAGGGAGGUAAUGCUGAAUCAACUACGGCCAAGAACAUCUAUCCUGCUUGAAAACUCGAUAAAUCUUCGUCUUAUGAGACAGUUCCUCUUGCUCGUGGUUGUUCACGAGCUAUUGACGCCUGUGCGUUCCAUAAAUGGUGUGAUAUGGGACAAAAAUACGGAAAAUUUCGUGCCGAUCGUCAGCAUUCCGACUUUUGCCGCCCUGAAUCAAGAAUUCCUGAACCGGAGCCGCGCAGAAGAGACUCACAACUUUCAAGAGAGGAUCGUUAAAUUAUCUUAUUACGAGAUCAAGAACAUCGUUCACAAGAAAAAUAACGGGACGGCAAUCACUGGUGUCAUUGGAGAAUUAUGGAACACCUUGGCUGAUCUUUUGAAUUUCACAUUGAAACCGGAAAUUGUAGAAGAGAAAACUAUAGGGUUUGCGGUAAACCACACGUUCAAAUUUGGUUUAUUACAUCUGGCAUUUAAGAAUAAAACGGACGUUAUACCGAGAGUCGAAGCCGCCACCGAAAAACUUCGGGCGGUACAAUUCACGCAGCCCUUGAUCAAAGCUAAGUUUCAAUACUACAUACGACCAAACACGAAAUAUGUACAAAAUUGGAUGCUGAACCUGUUUUCCAAAAGAGUCUGGUUCGCAGUCCUAACGACUUACAUAUUCUUCGGCUUCUGCAGCUACCUUACUCAGUCAGUUAAUUUCAAAAUACGGAAGGAACCGAUCCUGACCAUGAACGAUUACUUUUUCUACAACUUCGGCGUGCUGUGUUCUCAAACCUACUAUCCAAGUAGAAAUAAUAAAAGUGCCAGGAUGGUGGAAUGUAUAUUGGGCAUCUUCUCACUGUUAAUUAAUACAGCAUUCAAUGCGCUUGUAAUUGGUUAUAUGACACAGACGUUCACUGUACCACCUUUCAAAGACUUGGCGGCAUUACUCGACCAUACAUCGUACAGUAUUUAUACCGUGAACGGUUCUUCGGUAAACUUAGCGUUCGAGUUAUCCCCUAAACCGAUUUACGUAAGAGCGCAACAAAUGAAGAGACUUCGUCGCGCGUACACUGUUCAAGAAAUGUACGAAAAAAUAUGCACGUCGAAAGAUUUAACCACUGGAGUGUUAAGCGACGAUAUAAAAAAGGCCAGUGGGAUGUACAUUUGUCGAAUAAAUCCGGUAGGAGACGUGAUAGUCCAUACCUACAUUGUAUCCGGAAUCUCGCAUAACUUCAAACACAAACGGUCCAUUGAUAUUGGGUUAUUGAGGUUGCAUGAAUAUGGCAUCGGUUCACGAUUGUGGAACCAUUGGGUAGAAUCGCAGAACCAGGAAGAUGAUUCGAACAUGCCUCAAGCAAUUGUCCUGGAGCAGAUAUAUUUAGUUAUGUCUAUAUUUUACGCUGGAUUGCUGUUAUCAUUAAUAUUUUUUAUAUUCGAGAAUGUAAUGUUUUAUUGCAAUAAAAGACGCGUUACUUAAUGUACAAUUUGCUUCGAAACUUUAUUCGAAAUAUCAGUAUAAAGAAAUUUAACUUCGAGUGCAUAACUGUAAUUGUAAAUUUUAUAAAAAUGAUUUACU